AUCGGCAUGCACAUCCAGGCAUCACUGGACGCAAUUGCAUCCGACCUUCCCCCUCUCUCCCCCCAAGACAUCACGCGAGAUGCAGCUCCUCUCCGCCCUGUUGCACAAGUGCUAGCCAGAUAAAUACACCCCAUCUUCCUCCCCUCUCUCAUCAAGUGCACCUUUAGCAUCGCGCUCAUCCAUCCCUUCCUCUCUUCUCACCAUGCUGCCCUCGCUCCUGAGCAAUGGCGCAGCUCUAUCGCUAGCAGUCCUCGCGCUGGUUCCAUCUUUUGGGGCAGCGGAGGUCUUUGAGAAGCUAGCUGGUGUCCCACAAGGAUGGAAAUUCUCGGGUAACCCCAGCGAGAAUGAGUCUCUUCGCCUUCAGAUUGCUCUCUCUCAGCAUGACCUUGCCGGGUUUGAGCAGGCACUCCUGGACAUGUCCACACCAGGCCACUCCAACUAUGGAAAACAUUUCCGCACCCACGAUGAGAUGAAACGCAUGCUUCUGCCUACAGACGAGGCCGUCGCCUCGGUUCGCGAGUGGCUUGAGUCAGCGGGAGUCAGUGAUAUUGAGCAGGAUGCCGAUUGGAUCAACUUCCGCACGACGGUGGCCGAUGCCAAUUCCUUACUAGAUGCCGACUUCAAGUGGUAUACCAACGAGGCCACGGAGAUCCGACGACUGCGCACCCUGAGCUAUUCCAUUCCUGAUUCAGUGACGCCACAUGUGAAUAUGAUUCAACCGACUACUCGCUUUGGCCAACUCAAGCCAAACAGAGCCACCAUGCGCAGUAAACCCAAGCACGUUGACGAGCAGUUUCUAGCUUCCGCCGUGCGCGCCCAGAACACCUCGCAAUGCGAUUCCGUGAUCACACCGCACUGCCUCAAGGACCUUUACAAUGUGGGUGAUUACGAAGCUGAUCCCAAGUCUGGCAGCAAAGUCGCAUUUGUGAGCUACUUGGAAGAGUAUGCCCGGUACGACGAUCUUGCCAAGUUCGAACAGAAACUUGCUCCCUCCGCCGUAGGCCAGAACUUCACUGUGGUCAAGUUCAAUGGCGGUCUCAACGAUCAGAAUUCCAUCAAGGACAGCGGAGAAGCCAACCUCGACCUGCAAUACAUUGUUGGAAUGAGCUCCCCACUGCCAGUAACCGAAUACAGCACCGGUGGCCGAGGCCAGCUUGUUCCGGAUCUUAGCUCGCCUGAUCCAAAUGACAAUAGUAACGAGCCGUACCUUGAAUUCUUCCAGAAUGUCCUCAAGCUUUCCGACGCGCAGCUUCCUCAGGUCAUUUCGACCUCAUACGGUGAAGAUGAACAGACAGUGCCCAAAUCCUACGCCCUGACUGUCUGUAACCUCAUCGCCCAGCUUGGUAGCCGCGGCGUCUCGGUAAUCUUCUCCUCUGGCGACUCGGGUGUCGGAGCUGCGUGCGUGACGAACGACGGCACCAACCGCACGCAUUUCCCCCCUCAAUUUCCUGCCGCUUGCCCCUGGGUCACCGCGGUCGGUGCCACUACAUUGACCUCUCCCGAGAAGGCCGUUUAUUUUUCCUCUGGCGGCUUUUCCGACUACUGGGACCAACCGUCCUACCAGUCUGAGGCUGUCGACAAUUACCUUUCGAGCCUGGGCUCCACAUUCGCCGGCCUCUUUAAUAGCUCGGGUCGUGCGUUCCCCGAUGUGGCUACUCAGGGUACCAACUACGCAGUCUAUGACAAGGGCGUCCUUGCACAAUUCGACGGCACCAGCUGUUCCGCACCGACCUUUGCCGGCCUGGUUGCUUUGUUAAAUGACGCGAGACUUCGGGCGGGAUCGCCCGUAUUGGGCUUCCUGAACCCAUGGCUCUAUAGCGCCGCCGUGGAGGGGGAUGGAUUCAAUGAUAUCACCCAGGGCGGUAGUUUGGGGUGUGACGGACGUAAUCGGUUCGGCGGCACGCCCAACGGCAGUCCCGUUGUCCCUUUCGCGAGUUGGAAUGCUACGACCGGGUGGGAUCCCGUGACUGGGCUCGGAUCGCCGGACUUUGGAAAGCUCCUUGAGGUCGCUCUGGAGUCUUGAUGCUCAGGAAACUGUAAUUUCUUUGUUCAUAUUGUGUCAUAAGUAUGAGGUGAAGAUAUCCGAUCUCUUUCCGACUGUGCUUCUCCGUUGAUGGUCCGCGAUGCGGUCUGCGACG